AUGCAAAUCAAAUGGGAUAACAAAGGCGCAGCAGCAUUAACAAAAGCGGUCCCACAUACCACACGUACCUUGUGUUGGCCCCGCUAUUAUAUCAUUGAUUUUGGGUACUCCCGUCGCUACGAUCCGAAUGAACUUCCAUCCGAUGUCAUCCUGGCCGCAAGCGACAGGUCUGCGCCAGAGCUUAACAGACUCCAUGCCGACCCGUCCGCCAGAUUGAAUCCGUUCUCUUUCGAUGAGUUCCAUCCGCCUCUGCAAUUUCUUCUUCCCCUUGUGAAUGAUAUGACUCAGGACGAGCCUUCGUUGCGACCUACGAUCAGCGAGGCUGUCGCGCGUUUCGCAAGGCUCUGCAAUUCACUGACUACAUCUCAGCUGCGCGCCUCUCCGAGAGGCGGCUCUGCUGGGUUUAGUCACCGCUGUCGACGGCUUAUGUAUACUGUGACUGGUGUACCUCCUCUACCUGCGAGGGAGUUCUCGGAGCCUGUCACUGUCAUUGAUUCAUGCCUUCGGUCCUUCUAUACGCUUACUCCUGGACAUGUCGGCGUCAUGGAUCUUGUACUAAACAGGGUACGUGAUUAUCCCAGCCGUACUCUUCUUCACAUUAUCUCAGCGCUGUUGAUGGGAUCAAUUCGUAUGAUCGAAGUGGCAUGGUAUACACGAGUUAAUCACCUCGGGCAAGUGACAGCUUACACUGUAACGAUAUAUCCAUAA